CGCUUCCUGUUGGCCAUGAAGCGGCAAAACGUGCGGACCCUAUCCCUGAUCGUCUGCACGUUCACGUACCUGCUGGUGGGGGCCGCGGUGUUUGACGCGCUGGAGUCCGAGUUCGAGAUGCGGGAGAAGGAGCAGCUGGAGGCGGAGGAGCGGCGGCUGCAGGGGAAGUACAACAUCAGCGAGGACGACUACCGCAAACUGGAGAGCAUCAUCAUGGAGGCCGAGCCGCACAGGGCGGGGGUCCAGUGGAAGUUCGCGGGCUCCUUUUACUUCGCCAUCACCGUCAUCACCACCAUUGGUUAUGGACAUGCAGCGCCGGGGACGGAUGCGGGAAAGGCUUUCUGCAUGUUUUACGCCGUCCUGGGGAUUCCUCUGACUCUUGUCAUGUUCCAAAGUCUGGGUGAGAGGAUGAACACUUUUGUUAAGUACCUCCUGAAACGUAUCAAAAAGUGCUGCGGCAUGAGCAUCACAGACGUGUCCAUGGAGAACAUGGUGACGGUGGGUUUCUUCUCCUGCAUCGGCACAUUGUGUAUCGGUGCUGCAGCUUUCUCCCAUUAUGAGGACUGGAGCUUCUUCCAGUCCUACUACUACUGCUUCAUCACAUUAACAACCAUAGGCUUUGGGGACUUCGUGGCCCUUCAAAAGAACCGGGCCCUCCAAAAGAAGCCCCUGUAUGUGGCCUUUAGCUUCAUGUACAUCCUGGUGGGCCUGACGGUCAUCGGGGCGUUUCUCAACCUGGUGGUCCUCCGCUUCCUGACUAUGAACAGUGAAGAUGAGCGGCGGGAUGCUGAAGAACGAGCCUCGCUCGCAGGCAAUCGGAACAGCAUGAUCAUCCACAUCCAAGAUGAGUCUCUGCAGCGGGGGCAACGGCGGCGCGAGCCGUACAGGGGGGAGGUGACUGAUCUGCAGUCUGUGUGCUCAUGCAUACACUACCACCCGCAUGACUAUGGCAGCUCCGGGGGAGGGAUGGGAGGCCUGGGCUGUGCCUUCUCCCAUCAGAACUCCUUCAGCCCCCAGCUAAAUCCCAAUCAGUUCUUUCACUCAGUUUCCUACAGGAUUGAGGAGAUCUCACCCAGCACGUUGAAAAACAGCCUCCUCCCAUCGCCCAUCAGCUCCAUAUCUCCCGGCCCUCACAGCUUCACAGACAAUCACCAGCUCACGAGGAGACGGAAAUCUGUCUGAACCUCGAACAUUUCCAAAGCU